AUGUCAAGCAUUACGGACUCGACCGAUCCCAUGCCUGCUAUCCAACAAGCUCAAAAGGCACUUGAAUCUCUGCAGAUAAAAGACACCGUCGACAAGAUCAACGACAGCUACCAGCAAUUACAAACCAAGAUUGAGACACAACGUGAAGAGGAACAACGCAUAGAACAAGAAUUACAGCAGGAGUUGGAUAUGUUGAAACAACAACUGGAGGAAGUUUCAAAGACGCAUGAUUUGGAGGCAUUGGAUCGCGAACGCGAAAAAUUGGAGGAGGAGACGCGUGCUGUUAUUGAACGAAGACAAGCAAUGGAGGUGGAAGUGGAUCAGCUCAAGCAAGAACUACAUGCUUUGGAAGCAAAGGAGUUGGAUAACAUGAGCAAAGACUUUUACAGCUUGUUGAUGGUGAUUUAUCGAGGACUGGGCGUGAAGACAUUACCAGAGGAGGAUGGAUCAUUCAAAAAGCUUCAAUUGACGUCACCCGACAACCAAAAAGUGCAGGUCUUUGAUGUCAGCAAAGGAUACACCCCCUAUUACAUAGCAAAAAAGAUCUGGCAAUACAUUACACCACCCCAAUAA